AUGUUCAAUGCAUUGAAGAUGUUGUCUGCAGUUAUACGAAGAAUGUCGCAAGUCGCUGCUCGAGAACAACGUUUGGUAUGGAUUGAUUGUGAGAUGACAGGCCUGAAUCACGAGAAACAGACGUUAGUGGAAAUUGCGACGAUUGUUACUGAUCCGGAUCUUAAUAUAGUCGCUGAGGGACCGGAUAUUGUAAUACACCAACCAGAAGCUGUUCUGCGAAAUAUGGAAAGCUGGCCACGAGAGACGUUCACCCAGAAUGGUCUCCUUAAAAGAAUUCGUGAAAGCACCAUAAGCCUGCGCGAAGCAGAGGAUAUGGUGAGAGUUUGUCCGUUGAUCAUUCCUGUCAUGAAA